GCAUAGUCGACGCUAGAUCUCUGUCACAGCGGGGCACGCAGGCGAGGCAGGCUGGUGGAGGGGGGUGUGCACGCCGGCGAGAGAAUAUUAUGGAGGACUCGGCUGUGGACGAGGUGGAGGCAUUUCUAGAGGAGCGGGAGAGGCGAGAUGCCGAUGCUAGGCGAGGGACUGCGGAGGGUGGUUUGAGUCCUCGAUCUCCGCAUUUGAGAGGGGAGGAGGUUGUGAUGACUGCACGUGGCACGGGAGGUGCAUGUCGCGAUGCUCAGGAAAGAGAUAGAGAGAGAGGGAAGAGGGCAGUCGAUGAGGCGUACACGACGUUCCUGCGCAGGGGCGCAAGAGACCCAGACAGUCGACCAUUGGCGAGGUGUACGACGGCGACGCUCAGCAGCACACGAGGAACACAUUUUUGCAGUGGGUGUACGACUCGGGAGGUUCAAGCAGUCCCCUCCGAGAUAGUCAAGGAUUGUAUCGACCAGGUCCUCGCCCGUCGUCAGCAUAUGUUGGAGUCGGCGCAUGCCACAGCGCAUCUCCUUAACCUUCGCAGGCGUUCUCUUCGAUACUACGACGCGAGGGUGAGGAAUGCGGAGGACUUGGAGGUCGUGCAGGAGUGCGACAACUUCUUCCUUGCCCAGACGGGGGUUGAUCGGGCAGGCGCUCGCUACUUGCGGGUGCGUGAGCAAACGAGAUUGUUUCACGCGUGUAUGGGCCCUUUGACGAUCGACCUUGCCAUGAGGGAUGCGGAGGCACGGGCAUGUGUUGGGGAUGACGAGACACCGAGAUGUGCAGCUUGGUGGCAGGAGCACGGAGGCGCAUACCCCGACCUCCGGGAGAUUGUAGCGCGUGUGCUGCACAUGUGGAUGUCCGCCUCUCCUGCUGAGAGGAACUGGGCGGAACAUGAGCGUGUAUGCACGACGAGGCUUAACAGGCUGGAGUUCGCAAAGCUCGCUCAGUUGGUUGAGAUUGCCACCAAUCUCAAACUGUUGGACUGUUCUGAGUCGUCAGCCGGUUACGUUCUUCCGUGGGGAGACUUGGACGCGCUAGAGGAGGUACGGUCUGGGGAUGCGGAGGGCGGUUCAACAGGGCCUGUAGACGAGGAGCCAGAGCCUUCGAUAUGGGGAGCGCGACCCCGGGGGUCAGUGACGAACGAGGAGUUGACGUCUCUGAGACGUCGAUCACAACAACUAGGUAAUCGUCGUCCUCGUCCAGUAGUGGAGGUUUUUGGUGCGAGAGCCGCAGUGCUCCUUCCCUACGAGGGGGAGGUGCAAGAGGAGGAGGUUAGGAUGACCCGACUCGGGCAGCGCGCGACGAGGCCGUUGACAGCGAUGAGGAGUGGACAGACCCUGAGGAGAUCGCAUGUCGUAGCGGACGAUGAUCCUCCACGGGAGGCAUGCGAGACUCAGGCAGGCGUUGACCAUGGCACUGGACGUGGCACGGACACGGACCGCACCGGCUAUGCUACACAGGGGAGGAGGGUGUUCGGUGUUGACAGCACCGACGAUGAGCAGGCGCGCAAGGACGACGAGUUCUUAUUGCGUGCACGUGAUUCACCAGCACCUCAGGUCGCCGAGGGAGGAGAGCCUCUUAGACGGUCGGCGAGGCUGGUUAGCCGCGACACUACAGCCCCACAGACAGAGACCGCUUGUUCGCAACACCUGGACGAGAUAGUGGGCGAUAUGCCGGAGGGUGAGGAGCCCGAGCAGUGCACUCCAGUUCAGGAGGAGCCAUCAGAAGAUAUUCCUUCAGUCUUACGGACGAGCGACUUCAUGGUGGGUGGGAUUGGCACGUCCGAUAGCGGUAUUGGUAGACGUCAGCACGUUCGAUUGGGGGACAUGGCCGACUACUAUCCUGAUGACAGCCACAUUGAGGAGACUCGGGCAGAGCGAGACGCGCGCAUUGACGCGGAGGAGGAGAGGCAUUUGUCUCGGAUGCAGUGGGCAGGGAAAGUGGCUUAUCAGGUGGAGGUGGAGCGCAUGAGACGGCUAGAGACCAUUGGUGCAUGUGGCGAUCAUAAGAGCGCGGAGGCUGUGCUCAGACAGGAUGCUGCCUUGCAGCCUUCGGGUGGGGGACAUGUUUCACCACAUCCGCCGACGUCGCUACCACACACGAUCACUGACCGGCCUGGUGCGACACACCAUUCCACUCUCUCACCAUCCCCGACCAUUAUGGGACAUGCUGAUGUUGCACCUGUGUCUGCAUCGCCUUCUGGACCAUGCGGGUCGCAUGUGUCUCAUGCUCCUCUUACCUCAGAGGCAGGAGGUUCAGGCACGGUGGACUCAGAGUCGCAGGUUAUGUGCGACGUUGUGGCACCCGGAGACAUAGAGGAGCCACACAAGGUGCCCAUUGACAUUCAGCCCGUCUCGGAUGAGGUUCCUGCGGGAGACAUGACACGAGGCGACCAGGAGGAGUUGGGAGGGCACGGAGAGGAGGGCAAGGCGCGAGCGCUGUGUACCAGCUUGAACUAGAAAGGGGCCUGACAUCGCCGAUAACGGCAACGACGAUUAUGCUGGUGGCCUGAAUCCUGGCCUUGUCAAAACGUCCAGGAUCUGGUCUAAAGUGCUCCACAUGA